AAAUGGCCAGUAUAAGUGGAGAGGCAAGGGAUUGGUGGACUUUGCAUAUAUUUUACAGUUAAGCCUCUUCGUGUACUUUGGAAUUAGUUUAUUAUUGUCACGUGUUCUGAGGUGCAGUGAGGAGCUUGCCUCGCAUUCUGCUCGUAUCAGAUCCUAACACAGUGCAUUGAGGUAGAACAAGUUAAAACAACAGCAGAAUGCAGAAAAAGUACAACAGCUCAGAGAAAGUGAGUUGGACUGCGACCAGUCACCGAGUGGGAGUGUGAGAAGAGUGCUUAGGUUCACACUCAGGAUUGACAAAGCAGCACCUCGUGGCAGUUUUACAGAGUUGGACUAUGACCAGUCACAGAAGAGAAGAGGGCUUCCUUUUCAUUUAGGUUCGCACUCAAGAUUAAAAAGGCAGAGCUUCUCAGCAGUUUCAUAGAUCUGGCAGUGAGCAGUCACUCAGCAGGAUUUAUUAGAAAGGGCAAAUAAAAAUAAGGCAGGCACUAGUGGAGUGGCCAUUAUUGUGAGUGGGCCAGUGUUAGAGUGGGAAGGCUUUGGCGCAUCAAGCUUUGGCGAGAUCGGGCUUUGGUGAGGUAAAUGUCUGAAUUCCAAAGAAUGAGAGGAGACCUCAUUGAAACCUAUUGAAUGCUGAAAGCCCCCAAGGAAGUGGAUGUGGAGCAGAUGUUGCUGAUGGAGGAGUCUAAGACCAGAGGACACAGCUUCAGAAUAGAAGAUUUUACAAUGGAGUUGUGAAAUUUGCCCUGAAAAUUUGUAAUCUACAAAAGGCUAAAUAUUCAUUUGGAAUUUGUUUUCACUGAAUGUUGAUGGACCUGGACUGUAAACCAAAAUAAUCCUGCAGUCGAAAUGAAUCUUCCUGAGCCGAACCUUUGUACUUGCUGUGGACAAUCACACCUGCCUCAAGAAAAUCAUUCAUAUAAUUAUCGAGAUGAAAUAGAUGAUGACCUCAUGUGUGACAUUUGCCUGCAGCCUUUGGUGGAGCCAAUGGAUACGCCAUGUGGCCAUACCUACUGCACUUUGUGCCUUACUAACUUCCUACUUGCCCAAGAUUUCUGUCCCAUGGAUCGUAAGCCCUUGUGUCUGAUGGUGUGCAAGAAGUCGAGCCUGCUGGUGCAUAAACUGUUGGAUAAAGCAAUGGUUUUCUGUCCAUUUAAGGAACAUUGCACUGAAGUCUUGCAGCGCUGUGACCUUGAAAUUCAUCUACGUCGCAGGUGCCAAGGUGCAAUCCAAUGUCGACUCUUGAAAGAACAAGAGUGUUCACAGGAAUAUUCUUCAGCAGAUGAUACAGAUUUAGUUCCCAAGAUUCCUGUGGAAAGCAGUGACGUGACAGCAAAUGAGCUUUCUCCACCAAUGUCUACACCUGUAGCUGUCGCCUUGACAACAAAUGACCCAGGUCUGAUAAAUCCAGCCUUUGAAACAGGCUCCGAGGACGGCCAUUCAGAGAGCAAUUGUGGCAUCCACAACAAGAGUAGUAUAAAGAAAAACCGAAAUUUUGAUCGUGCGUCAGUGAGAAGCAGAUCCUUUAAGAAACUGAAUCGUGCUUUCAGCUAUCUCCGCAAGAACAGUGGUACGAAUCUAAUCGACUGUGAUCCGGAUGAAAGUGUGCAAACAUCUAAUUUUCCAGAUGAAGCACCUUCUAGGUUACAUCACCUCAUUCCGGAUGGGGAAGUUACCAUCAUAAAGAUUGACCGUACUGAUCCAUCUGUAAGCCUCGGCAUCAGCAUCGUGGGAGGGUGUGAAACUCCGGUGGAAAAUAUUGUCAUACAAAAUAUUUAUCGAGAAGGUGCCAUUGCUAAAGAUGGAAGACUUUUACCAGGGGACAUGAUUCUCGAGGUAAACGGUACUGACUUAAGCAAUGUGCCUCAUAACUAUGCACUGGCGGUCCUGAAGCAGCCUUGUCAAACCAUGUUGCUGAGUGUGCUCCGAGAACAGCUAUAUAAAUGCAGAAAAAACAUUGAAAGUAACUGCUCCAGGGACGACAGCUUCCACGUUAUUCUCCACAAGACUGCCGAUCAACCCCUGGGAAUAAAAUUGGUCCGCAGAUCUGAUGAGUCUGGAGUUUUUAUCUUCAGUUUACUUGAAGGUGGUCUUGCUGCCCAAGAUGGCCAACUGCAAGUAGACGACAGAGUACUUGCAAUCAACGGGCAUGAUCUUCGUCAGGGAUCUCCAGAAAUUGCAGCACAUUUCAUACAGAUAAGUGAAGAUCGGGUGCAUUUCAUUGUAUCAAGAAGGACGAGGGACCGAACCCCUGAUAUCUUACAAGAAAGCAACUGGAACAGCAACACCCCACCUAGUCCUACUCAAAGAAAUCUGCAUAACAAGAACUUCCUUCAUGCCUUCACAUGCCAUGAAAAGAUCAUCAAUGUUAGCAAAGAAGUGCACGAGUCCUUGGGAAUGACUAUAUCAGGAGGCCUACUAAGCAAAGGCUGGGAUCUCCCAAUCUACGUUGCAAAUGUGCAUCCCAAUGGCUGCUUGGGGAAUGAUGGAAGGAUAAAAAAUGGUGACAUUCUAUUGAACGUAAAUGGCACUGAACUGAUUGGUAUGACACAAAGUGAAGCAGUGUCCAUUAUAAAGCACAGUGCUACCUCCUCUUCAGUUACUUUCAAAGCUUUGGAGUUGAGGGUAGCAGAAAAAGACAAUACUGAUGGCCAAAUUUCUCCUAACUCCAUUCAAAAUAACAUGCCUGAAGAGGAAUGGUCACCAUUAUGGAAUAUGUGGUUGGUAUUACCUCGGUACCUUUAUUUGUGCAAAGAUGUAGAAUUGAAAAGAAAUACAUCUGGAAGUUUGGGAUUCAGCAUUGUAGGUGGAUAUGAAGAAAACCACGGCAGCCAGCCAUUUUUCAUAAAGUCUAUUGUUAAUGGAAUGCCAGCUCACAAUGAUGGCAGACUGAGGUGUGGAGAUGUAAUUUUGGCAGUCAACGGCAGAAGCACCUCUGGAAUAAGCCAUUCCUGUAUGGUGAAAAUGCUCAAAGAAAUCAAAGGAAAGGUUAUUCUCACUGUGGCAUCUUGGCCUGGCACCCAUCUCUAGAAUGGAUUACAAUGGUGUUAUGAAUAGGGAAUAAAGUUAGUCAAAGCAAAUAAUUCAGCAAAGGAACCAUAUAAUUUUAAAUGUUGUUACUCAAGUGGCAAUACAAUUAAUUCUGCAGCCUUUCUAAAACAUCAAGUCCCUAUGAAUCUCUGCAAGUUACACUUUCUGAAGUAAAAAUCUAAUUGUUUAAAAAUUCAAAUGGGACAGGAUGGUUUGAAAUUUAAAAAAAAAGAAA